CUCCGGAGAGAGAGGCUGGAGCGAGGCUGUGCGAAGCGCCGCAUCUCAAUGAGGACCGGCCGAGGCACGUCCCUGCACUAGUGGCCGCAGCCGAGACGCCCGUGCCCCAGCAGCUGCUGCCGCCCUGCCCGGCCCCGCCGCCGCCCCACAGCCCCGCCGCCCGGCAGCCCCGGCCGCGCCCAGCCCGGCGAGGACAGCACCAGGAGGUGGCCCCGAGCGCGGCCACAAAGACCCCCGGCGGCGUCUCUCCCGGACCGGUCCAUCCCGAAGUCCGUCAUGUCCUUUGGCAGAGACAUGGAGCUGGAGCACUUCGACGAGCGGGACAAGGCGCAGCGGUACAGCCGCGGGUCGCGGGUGAACGGCCUGCCCAGCCCGACGCACAGCGCGCACUGCAGCUUCUACCGCACGCGCACGCUGCAGACGCUCAGCUCCGAGAAGAAGGCCAAGAAGGUGCGUUUCUACCGAAACGGAGACCGCUACUUCAAAGGGAUUGUGUACGCCAUCUCCCCAGACCGCUUCCGAUCUUUUGAGGCCCUGCUGGCUGAUUUGACCCGAACUCUGUCGGAUAACGUGAACUUGCCCCAGGGAGUGAGAACCAUCUACACCAUUGACGGGCUCAAGAAGAUUUCCAGCCUGGACCAACUGGUGGAAGGAGAGAGUUAUGUGUGCGGCUCCAUAGAGCCCUUUAAGAAAUUGGAGUAUACCAAGAACGUGAAUCCCAACUGGUCGGUGAACGUCAAGACCACCUCAGCUUCCCGGGCGGUGUCUUCCCUGGCCACAGCCAAAGGGAGCCCCUCGGAGGUGCGAGAGAAUAAGGAUUUCAUUCGGCCCAAGCUGGUCACCAUCAUCAGAAGUGGGGUGAAGCCACGGAAAGCUGUCAGGAUUCUGCUGAACAAGAAAACUGCUCAUUCCUUUGAGCAGGUCCUCACUGACAUAACUGAUGCCAUCAAGCUGGACUCGGGAGUGGUGAAACGCCUGUACACUCUGGAUGGGAAGCAGGUGAUGUGCCUUCAGGACUUUUUUGGUGAUGAUGACAUUUUUAUUGCAUGUGGACCGGAGAAGUUCCGUUACCAGGAUGAUUUCUUGCUAGAUGAAAGUGAAUGUCGAGUGGUGAAGUCCACUUCUUACACCAAAAUAGCUUCAUCGUCCCGCCGGAGCACCACCAAGAGCCCGGGACCCUCCAGGCGCAGCAAGUCCCCCGCCUCAACCAGCUCAGUUAAUGGAACCCCUGGUAGUCAGCUCUCUACUCCGCGCUCGGGCAAGUCGCCAAGCCCAUCACCCACCAGCCCAGGAAGCCUGCGGAAGCAGAGGAGCUCUCAGCAUGGCGGCUCCUCUACCUCACUUGCAUCCACCAAAGUCUGCAGCUCUAUGGACGAGAAUGACGGCCCCGGAGAAGAAGUGUCAGAAGAAGGCUUCCAGAUUCCAGCCACAAUAACAGAACGAUAUAAAGUCGGAAGAACAAUAGGAGAUGGAAACUUUGCUGUUGUCAAGGAAUGUGUAGAAAGGUCGACUGCUAGGGAGUAUGCUCUGAAAAUUAUCAAGAAAAGCAAAUGUCGAGGAAAAGAGCACAUGAUCCAAAACGAGGUGUCUAUUUUAAGAAGAGUGAAGCAUCCUAAUAUUGUUCUUCUGAUUGAGGAGAUGGAUGUGCCAACUGAACUGUAUCUUGUCAUGGAAUUAGUAAAGGGAGGAGACCUCUUUGAUGCCAUCACUUCCACUAACAAAUACACCGAACGAGACGCCAGUGGGAUGCUGUACAACCUGGCCAGUGCCAUCAAAUACCUGCACAGCCUGAACAUAGUCCACCGUGACAUCAAGCCAGAGAACCUGCUGGUGUAUGAGCACCAGGAUGGCAGCAAAUCUCUGAAGCUGGGUGACUUCGGACUGGCCACCAUUGUAGACGGACCCCUGUACACAGUCUGUGGCACCCCCACAUACGUGGCUCCCGAAAUCAUUGCCGAGACUGGAUACGGCCUCAAGGUGGACAUCUGGGCAGCCGGCGUAAUCACUUACAUCCUGCUGUGCGGUUUCCCUCCAUUCCGUGGAAGUGGUGAUGACCAGGAGGUGCUUUUUGACCAGAUUUUGAUGGGGCAAGUGGACUUUCCUUCUCCGUAUUGGGAUAAUGUUUCUGAUUCUGCAAAGGAGCUCAUCACCAUGAUGCUGUUGGUUGAUGUGGAUCAGCGAUUCUCUGCCGUGCAGGUCCUUGAGCAUCCCUGGGUGAACGAUGAUGGCCUCCCAGAAAAUGAACAUCAGCUGUCAGUAGCUGGAAAGAUAAAGAAACAUUUCAACACAGGCCCCAAGCCGAACAGCUCAGCAGCGGGAGUCUCCGUCAUAGCACUGGACCACGGGUUUACCAUCAAGAGAUCAGGGUCUUUGGACUACUACCAACAACCAGGAAUGUAUUGGAUAAGACCACCGCUCUUGAUAAGGAGAGGCAGGUUUUCCGACGAAGACGCCACCAGGAUGUGAGGAGUAGGUUCAAGGCGCAGCCAGCCCCACCGGAACUCAACUCGGAAUCAGAAGACUACUCCCCAAGCUCCUCCGAGACUGUUCGCUCCCCCAACUCGCCCUUUUAAUAAGACCCUUUUACUCAAAGUCCUAGCUUAACCCUUUGAGACUCUAAGAUUCCUCCCAGCCCCCCAAAAUUUAUGUAAAACAGUUUCAUCUGAUCUAUCUGGCACUCAAAACUUGAAUGGCAGGACAGAAAGUAUGUUUUCAGGUAUCUUUGUAGCGAUUUCCCUCUAUUGAAUGAGAUGACAUGUGGUAUUUGUGCAGAUGGUAAUUUGCUGCUAACAGGGUCUUCAAAGGGUUAAGGCUAAUUUGCAAUUUUUUUUUUUUAAAUAUAGAAGCAAUGAAUAUUUUCAUCAGUCAAGCUAGAUCUGCAGUGGGUAAUACAGUUUAGCACAUGUUAACCUUCUGAGUGCAUAGAAUUUGUAUCGCGAACCCUUACUAGGGGACGUUUUGGGCCUUUGGGUGAACACACACACUUGUUUUCUCGAUAUUUGCUGCAGAUCAAGCCAUGUUGUUAGACUCUGAAAUGUCCAGACAAGGACAUCUAGAGUGCUGUCUUGCUCAUCCCUCUCUGUGGACUUAGAACGUGGUAGAUUGAUAGCUUCGGCGUACACACCCCUCUAUUCUUCCUCACUGUCCACUUAAGAAAGGCAACUUUUCCCAUUAGAGAUAGGACUGUGCUGCUGCAGUGAGCCUGCCCUCCCCUACUGUCUCCACUUGAAGAUGGACUGAUCACGCCCCAGCAAUGC